UUCAGAAAAUAUCAUGUUGAUUUGAAAAAGCUGUCAUCCCCAUACAAGAGAAAUGCCAUCAAAAUUAUUCUCUGAGUCUCCAGUCCAAAUCCAUACCCAUAGCGGCGGCGAGGGCGCGCAGUAGUCGGCGCUCGGCGGCUUUUGGGUGGGAUUUGUUCUCUGAGUCUCCAGUCCAAAUCAGCCCCGUAGCUUCUCCGCGAAUCCGCCGCCGCCGUCCACUCCCCGCCGACCGGCCGGCCGCCACCGGGCCUCGGAUCCUAUGGACACGGGCAAAGACCCUCCACGCCACCGCCGGCUGAGGAAGGCCUCCGACCUCCGCACCGCCGCCGCCUACCCGCCCCCGAAACGGAUGCGUCCGGGCGAGGAGCACAACAGUUGCCGCGAGGACAAGAUGAGCAGCUUACCUGACGAUAUGUUAAUCUUGAUCAUCGACAAGCUUGAUGCAUGGACAGCGACAAUCACCACUAUCCUUUCGAAGCGAUGGCGGGAUCUCUAUACACACUCGCACACAUGUUAUAACCUUAUGGUUGAUGACAUUCUCCCUCCACGGUACCACAGACUGAAGCAAAUUGUGGUGGAGGCAGGGUAUGAGGCAGAGAAGAAUGCACUGAAGUCGGACCGCAGUCAUGCUUCUAGAGACCAGUUAUAUUCCUUCAAAUACUGGAAGUGGAAAGUCCGCCUGCUAACACCCAUCCUGCAGCGUUAUGAGCGUUGGGCCAUGCGACGCUAUGUUAAACGGGUGAAUGCAUUCCUUCUGUCUCCCAACAAUGUUCAGCGGUGUUCUAUCCAGAAGCUGAGGUUUCAAGCCUGUGGGACGAGCUAUUUCACUGAUCAAUGGAUUACUGAGGCGAUUGGCAGAUGGGGCGUUGAAGAUUUGGAGCUUGUCAUUGACAACUCUUUCUGGCGCUAUGACUUCCGGCUGUUGGAUGGAUGCAAGAAUGUGCGACUGAAACGGCUUGUGCUAUCCGAUUGUUAUCAUUGUUUUGCACCCAACUCCUUGACGUUUCAGAGGCUCACAUCACUUACUCUCUGCAAAGAAAGUUCACAUAUGCCACGCGUUGAUGAUAUUCUGGCAAACUGCAUGCAGCUGGUGGAUUUGAGGCUGAAAGAUUGUAGUUCUCGCCAAGCUUCUUUUCAUCUCUUUGUUCCUAACUCAAAGUUAAAGAGACUGCAAUUGGACAACUACAACACUGUGGGUGUCUACCUUAGUUUGGUGCCUUAUCUUGAAACAUUUGCUUGUCGUGGUCAGCCAACUAUACUAUACUAUGGCGUGGUGCCUCGACUUAGGCAUGCGAGUUUGAACUUCUUGCAAACUGGAGAUGACGGCGAGGAUGAUUCCUCCGGUAGCAACAGGACAUAUCGACUAAGCAAAUUCUUUUUAGGGGAGCCGCCACAGCUAGAGUACCUUGUUCUGCAGUUAAGAGGGCGUCAGAUGUGGAUUGAACUAACCACCAUUCCCGACCAGCUCAAUCAUCUCAAGAAACUAUUCAUUGCAAACGUGCCAAUGAACUGGGAUACAUUCUGGAUUCUCCACCUACUUGCUGCCGCACCUGCCCUGGAGUCGCUCCAUGUUCAUUUUGACGACAACUCAGAGAAGGCGGGCGCAACAGGAUCACCAGAUGUGCAAGCGGAACACCAUCAGCACCACAAUCACCUGAAAGAGCUCGUGGUCAUCGGCUUCGACGGGGCGGCGUGGCAGACAUGCUUUGUGAAGCGGGUCAUGCAGGCGUCGCCGAUCCUGGAGUGCGUCCACCUGCUGGACGGGCAUGUUGUCGAGGACGAAGAGCGGGAUGGUCCGCCGCCGCCACCCGCCGCCGGUAGUGGCACGAGCGCGAGAGAUCGGAGGUGCUCGGAGACCUCGCAGACGGGAUUAGUUGGCCGCAUCUCGAAAUAGUUUUGGAAUGACUUUUGGUACGAGUGUUGCUGUGCUGGUGGCCUUCCGUUUGUAGGGAUUGCAGCUGUAUGCCAUGGCCUCCUAAUGAUUAUGUUAUGCUGGCUCUAAAAGAUGAACAACAUGUGGAAGUUUGUGUUGGUAUCUUGUGCUUUACUUUUGCUGGAUUAUUAUCGAGAGGAUGGAUGUA